AUGAAUUGGCCGAAUACUCAGGACAACCUCACUUCUUUGCGUCUCUUCAAAGCAUGGGACGCAUCCUGGGACGCCGAGCUCCGCCAAUCGGCCUGGAUAGAGCUGCGGAAGUUCGUGCGACGUCAGAACGUCAAGGUGCUGUACGGCACACUGAUUUCGUGCAACGAAACCGCCGACGAUAUGGAUUGGCUCUAUGUCAAGGAGCUGAUGAUGUUCAUAGGUAGAGAGCACGUGAUGGCUCUGGCGAUCGGGAAUGAGGUGGAGCUCCUCCACACUCAGAAAAACAUCAGCGACAAGUGUGUCAACGACAUCUUCGAGGGGGGGUAUUUCUACACCAAAGUGAUGCAUCGGGCCAACGACUUGGCAGCGAUGCCCGGGUUCUCGGAUGUCAAGCUGACCACCGUGAUGGGCGGCUUCAUCCUAGGAGGAGAGCCCUUCGUCAACACGAGGGAAGCGCGUGUCCUCGAUUUCUUCACAAAGAUCAAUGCCGACUUCGGCCGUCGAUGGGCCUGGUCUUUCAACACGCGUCCCGGCCGAAGGGGUUCUAUAAGGAUACUGUAA